AUGAUGAACUUUACCUUGAUGACAGCUUUCAUCCUCUGCAGCCUCAGCUGGAUCUCUGUCUCAGUUUCUGAGUCUCAGACUGUGGAGGUCCAGUCUGGUGAGGAAGUCACACUGCUGUGCUCCAACAUUUCCAGAGACCCAACUACAACAGAGUGGUUCAGACUGAUCAACAGAACCAAGCCCAGCUGCUGGAUCUCUGUCUCAGUUUCUGAGUCUCAGACUGUGGAGGUCCAGCGUGGACAAGAAGUCACUCUGCUGUGCUCCAACAUUUCCAGAACUCCAACUCAGACAGACUGGUUCAGACUGAUCAACAGAACCAAGCCCAGCUGUAUCUCCUCCAUGUACGAGUCUGAUGGCAAAGUUUCAUUCUGUCAUGGAUUUCAAAAUCAAAACUUUGAAAUGAGCUCCAACAUUUCUACUGUCUUUCUUAAAAUCAAAAAAGUGGAUUUAUCUGACUCUGGAUUGUAUUUCUGUGGAUUUUACAUGGACAAACAUACAGUCAUUGCCAGUGCAACACAUUUAAAUGUUCCAGGUAGUGGUGACUCUGAUGAUGAAGUGGAUUUGAAGACUUUUGAAGAAAAAAAACCUGAUGGAAUGAGAAACCUAAUGAGUGUGAUCCUAUCUGGUCUGGCUGUUUUCCUCACUAUAGUCGUCAUUCUGGCUGUUAAAAUCAGGAAACUUCAGACAGCUGUGAAUGAAGAACCACAUCCAGAAGGCAACAAGAAUCUGGACUCUGCUGCGCUGAGGUUCCUUCCAAAGACAAUCAGAAGCAGGAGGCCUGCAUCAGAGAGAGAAGUGGAAACUCAUGUUAUUUACGCUGCCAGCAGAUAGACUCAGGAAGCAACUGGAACUGCAACUCAUCAACUCAUAUUAUGUAGUAUUGCAAACAGAACAUUAUUAUGUAAUUUUCUUAUUUUGUAUUU